AUGCCCCGGGCCGGGGCUCACCGCCCGCCGGGGCGGGCAGCGGCUGCCGGAGCGCCAGGCACAGGGCAGCCCCUCGCCCAUCUCCCGCAGCGGGACGGCGCUGCCGGCCCGGGCCGGCUCGGCCCGCGGGGGGCUCGGGUCCCAGCCCGGCCCCGGCCAGCGGCUCGCAGCCCAACCCCGACCCUGCCACCGCACCUCUCGGCUAGAAGAGGCUCCGCUGCCCGCGGGCUGCAGGCCCCAUUUCCAGGGGCCCUAAGGCUGCGGUGGGAAGAGGCCGCUCCGGCCGGAGCCAGCGGCCCUGCCCGGCCGGCCCCGCAUCCCCCCGCGGCCCGGCAGAGGAAGCCGCUCCGCUCCGGGCACGGCCCCGCACCUGCCCGCCUCCCCCGGCCGCUCGGCAAGGCGACACCGGUGCGGGAAGAGAGGAGAAGCGGGGGGACGCAGCCCCGGGACCAGCAGCCCCGGGACCAGCAGCCCCUGCCCCGCACCGCCGCCCCCGCACCUGCCGCAGCGGCCUCCUCCCCCAGCCGCCGGCGGGGACCUACCCUCCUACCGCGGAGGAGAGGUGCCGGCGAGCCCCUCCGCGCGGCCGGCCGGGCGUCCCGCGGCUCUGCCCUUGCCUCCAGCCGCUUCGCCCUCACCUCUCUGCAGCCAGCCACACGCGAGCCCGGGGCAGCCGCCGGCGCCGCCGCCUCCAUCCCGGGGGCCCGGCGGCCCCCCGAUUCUCUAACACCGCCUCCGCCCGUCCAGGGGCCGCCCCCGCCCGUAGCGGGCCGCCCACUGCGUCAGCUUCGUAAGGACCGCUACGCACCCAGCGUAGGUAACCAUAGCGACGGCUGGGGAAGGCGGGAGGGGAGCCGGGGGGGAGAGACGGAGUAA